GAUAAACUCAUAAAUGGAUACGAUGUGUGGAAAAGAAACCAUAACAUAAUACAGUACUACACACCGUUAACCAAACAGUAGUGCUUAAUAUUAAUCAUUGAUACCAGGUAACUACAAGAAAGAGAGUUUAGUACCACAGAAAAAGUGUUACGAGGCUUAUAUUAUAUAUUGAAGCAUACAUAAGACCAGGCAAAAUUUGGAAUUUACCUUUUCUAUGGAAAACAUAAUGGACUAUAGUAGCAAGGUCAUUAAUACUAUUACUGGUGGCGAUGGUGUGAUAAAUGAUCCUGAUGAUGUGAUAACUUGUGUUAAAACAAUGAUAAAUGAUGCUGAUGGUGUGAUAGUUAAUGCUGAUAAGAUAAAUACUACCAAAAGUAUGACUGCUUCCUUGAUGAAUGAUGAAGAUACUACUAGUGGUAAAACUUUUAUAAGUGGUUUUCAGAGAAUGGCAAAUGACCACAAAGGAAAACAUGUUUGUGAUAUAUGCCAUAUGAUGUGCAAAUAUAAGUCUAAAUUAGUGGAACAUUAUAGAAUUCAUACUGGAGAAAAGAACUUCAAAUGUGGUGUUUGUUCCAAAACAUUUGUGCAGAAAUCUUCUCUUAACUUACAUAAUAAAAUUCAUACUGGAGAAAAGAACUUCAAAUGUGAUGUUUGUUCCAAAACAUUUGUGCAGAAAUCUUCUCUUAACUCACAUUAUAUAAUUCAUACCGGAGACAAGAAAUUUAAAUGUGAUGUUUGUUCCAAAACAUUUAUGCACAAAUCUUCUCUUAACUUACAUUAUAAAAUUCAUACUGGAGAAAAUAACUUCAAAUGUGAUGUUUGUUACAAAACGUUUGCACGGAAGUCUGCUCUUAAUUUACACUGUAAAAUUCAUACUGGAGAAAAGAACUUCAAAUGUGAUGUUUGUUCCAAAACAUUUAUACAUAAAUCUUCUCUUAAGGUACAUUAUAGCACUCAUACUGGAGAAAAGAACUUCAAAUGUGAUGUUUGUUCCAAAACAUUUAUGCGUAAAUUUUCUCUUAAAAUACAUUACAGCAUUCAUACUGGAGAAAAAAACUUCAAAUGUGAUGUUUGUUAUAAAAUGUUUGCACAAAAGACUUAUCUUAACUCACACUAUAGAAUUCAUACUGGAGAAAAGAACUUCAAAUGUGAUGUUUGUUCCAAAAGUUUUACACAAAAGGCUAGUCUUAACUUACACUAUAGAAUUCAUACUGGAGAAAGGAACUUCAUAUGUGAUGUUUGUUCCAAAAGAUUUACACAAAAGGCUAGUCUUAACUUACACUAUAGAAUUCAUACUGGGGAAAAGAACUUCAAAUGUGAUGUUUGUUCCAAAAGAUUUACACAAAAGGCUAGUCUUAACUUACACUAUAGAAUUCAUUCUGGAGAAAAGAACUUCAAAUGUGAUGUUUGUUCCAAAAGAUUUACACAAAAGGCUAGUCUUAACUUACACUAUAGAAUUCAUACUGGAGAAAGGAUAUUCAAAUGUGAUGUUUGUUCCAAAAGAUUUACACAAAAGGCUAGUCUUAAGUUACACUAUAGAAUUCAUACUGGAGAAAAGAACUCUAAAUGA